GCACGGCGGGCUCCUCGGGAAUUUAGCAUGCAUGGCUGGGGGCUCCGUCAAGAUGCAGCCCGCGUGUGACAGGGCCGACUCGUUGCUCCUCAGCCGGAGCCCCUCCGGCGCCAGAGACCAGGAGCAGCAAGUGCAGCUGCGGCAAAAGCUGAGGGAACUGCCGGCGUUGCUCCGGAGCGGACUGACGCUGCGGAGGAAGAGCUCGGUGCUUAUAAUAUCCAGAAGGAUUUCAAAUCCAUAUCUGGAAAAUCCUCCCAGCAAGAUUUAUGGAGAGGGUGCCUCAUGUGCUGGAAGAGCACUCAGAAAUGUUUUCGUUCUACAAGCUUCUGAUCUGAUGAAAGACAGAAUGUCUCUGAUGGGACUUUGCAGGAGAAGCUGCAUUGGAUCCGAACUCGUAGACUGGCUUUUAAAGCGCUGCCCUUUCAUUAAGAGCAGAUCUACAGCAGCUGGUGUCUGGCAGCUCCUACUGAAUAUGGGAAUUGUGUUAUCAGUGGAUAGACAGAUUUAUUUUCAAGACAAGUACGUUUUCUACCAAUUCUCUGCUGAUGAGUGUACGUAUUCACAUAUUCACAUAUUCUGUGAAUAUGACAGAGAUGAUGGAUGGAAAAAUGGUGUGAAACUUUUACUGCAGCUAGUGCCUGUAAUUCCUCCAAGGAUUAAUACAUGCAAUCUGAACAAUAGAAAAAUAGAAGACACAUCUGAAACCAAUGCUGAAAUUCUUGCUCGCCUCACUUCUGCAAUGCAGAGAGAAUUGGCAGCUGUUCUUGCUAUGAAGGCAAGAAAAUCAGCCUUAGCAAUGAAUCAAAAUGAUGAAAAUAGCAAUGAAGAAACAGCAAAGCAAGAAGAUCAGAAGGAUGUCUGUGAUGCCCAGGCAGGAGUUAUGUGCAAGCUUCAAGAACGAGAGGAUAUUGGACGCCUUGAACUUGUCCAGAAACUGACAAAAGAAAAUGGUGACCUUCUACAGAAAGAUAAAAAUGAGCCAGAGAAGACAGACCAGGACCUACUGAUAGCUCAAUGA